GCGAGGCCCGCGCUCUGGAAGAGGUAGGCAAUCAACUGUUGCAGGCUGCAGUGCAAUCAGAAGCACAGUCAAGGGUUGCCAGGCCAUCCUGUCCCACGAGCAUGGCUGCGACACCAACUGGCGGCGUGAGCCAAGCGGACCUGGAGCACACCCUGAUCGCAACGCUCUCUGCAUCGCGUGCUGAGCGGGAAGCUGCAGAGUCGCACUUGACCUCGAAUCUGCAUUCAGACCCAACAUGCUUUAUCGCACUCGUUCAGCUUCUGCUUUCGCCAUCGACACGGCUUGAAGCGAGGCAGGCUGCAGCAAUCUCGCUGCGUCCGCUGGUUCUGAGCAAGUGGUCGCCGUUGAAUGAGAAAUUCGAUGGAUACCCACCCUCAGCAGCCGCUCUCCCACUCGAGAUCAAGGGUGCCGUGCGUCAGGGACUGCUGCAGGCACUAGUAUGCGAUCAGCGCAAAAUCCGGCUCGCAGCUUCCGCGGCGCUCAGUGCGGUCGCAAGCACCGAUUUCCCAGAUGAGUUCACUGAGCUGCUGCCCUUCGUACGACAGUGCUUGUCUCAAGAUGGAAGUGCUGGCUCUGCACGAUCAGAUGCGGUGCACGGUGUCAUGGUCUUCCUUUCCGACUUUGUAAAGGCUGAACUCGACGAGAACCAACUCAUGAGUGUCGCCAAGGAGAUUUUACCCAGCCUCGAAGCUAUUCUGGUCGACGAACAGAACCACACACCACACGUCCGCGCACGUGCGCUUCUCCUCUUCCGACAGCUGCUCGAGGUGCUGUACAUGGUACGCGAGCAAUACCCUGAAGCCGCCAAGCAAGGCGUCGAUUCGCUGCUGCCUAGCUGGUUGAAUGCGCUUCAAGCGCUUCUCAUGCCUUCCGAAGCGGAGAUAUUUUCCCUUCGUGGAAAAGGGGUACCAGAAGACGAAUUCGAACGGGCUUGGGAAGGUCUGGCGAUUAGGUACGAAGCGCUCAAGACACUCUCCCUUGCCUCGCAUUUUAAGUCGCAUUUCAGACCGCAUCUGGCAGCAGUGCUGCAGCUGACUUUACGCACAUUGCACGCAUUCUUACCGGUGCUGCAAGUCUUCCACAUCAGCAACGUCGCCAGCCAGCCUUCGGCAUUUCCACCCGAAGGCGAUGCGUCGAUCGCCUCUUCGCUUCCAGCCGUCUGCUCCGCAGCGGUGGACCUCAUCUCAUCGUUACUUCAGCUGAGCGGCAGCGCCUCUGCACGCGGACUGAUGCUUCGCACCGAUCAGCCCGGCGCGCCGUCGUUACUCGCGCAGCUGGCGCACGCGCUGCUGAGCAUGGCACAGAUGACGAGCGACGAGCAGGAGGAGUGGAGCGCGGACGUCAACGCGUUCAUUGCUGAGCAGGAGGAUGUUGAUGCAGGCGCAGGCGCCGUCUUGGAGCUCGGAGGGAGCCUGCGCGCCGUCGCGACGGACGCGUUCGCCGAACUCCUCGACCUGAUUCCUGCCGAGAGCGUCGCAGCCUUCCAACGAGCGUUCGACGAGUGCGUGCAGAGCAGCGCUGCCCAGCUGGCGGCUCUCCAGCGGGGAGAGGCGAAGGGGGACUGGUGGAAGCCGCUAGAAGCUGCGCUGGCGGUCUUUGGCGGGAAUGCACCACUGAUUACCGACCUGCUUGAAGGCCAAUCAUCGUCAUCAUCAGCAGCGGCGGCGGUGCGCAGAACAUUCGACAUUGAGUCCAUCUUCCAGCACGCCGUUAUACCAUACGUCGCGCCCGAGACGCCAUCCGCCUUCCUGCGCGGCCAAGCAUUCAUCUUCGCCAGCCAAUUUAGCAGCCUCCUGCCCCCGCAAUUCGCAAGACAGUUCCUCGAGGAAGCCGUCACGGCGCUCGAAGCGGACGCGUACGACGGCGAGGACCUAGUCGUGUGCGUCUGCGCUGUGCGCACUGUCAAGAAUUUACACCGGCACCUGAACGCACACAUCACGCAGGGAUUCGCGCAGAGGAUUCUCGGGAAGAUCGGACCAAUGUUCAACGUGUUGCAAGGCGACGCCAUCGUCCUCCUGCUCGAGACGGUACAGGCUGUCGUGGUCAAAGGUGCUUCUGACGAGGCUGCUGCUGGCUCGAACGAGAUUCCAGAUUCAGUCUACGGGGAGAUUGCCAACGUCAGCCUGGCUUUCUUCCUUAAGCAGCCAAAUGAUAUUGUUCUUACUGACGUAAUACAGGACCUACUCGAAGCACUGAGCGGUCGCGUCUCCACUUCUGUUGGGACAAUCGUUGUCCGAGCAUCUCUCCCGCAACUGGUCGGAACGCUUGAUGCAACUUCAUCCGUUGCGCAGGCAUCCGUAGCGGCCGGGUUUGAUGCCUUGGCUCUCGCGGCUUCAGGUGCGCAAACCAUCGUUGCCGUUCUGCGUGGCGCCAAUGCCACGGCUUUGCGCGAGACCGAUGCAGCAAGCACGCUCCUCCCCGGCCUGACUGCCUCGCUUACCGCCUCGGACGAUCGACAACUGCUCCAGAGUGCCGUCACAGCGCUGACGCUGCUGCUGAGCAAAACGCCUGCGCAGGUCCUGAGUUGGCACCACGCUACCGGCCGGUCAGCCAUGCAAAUAUUCCUCGUCGUCAUUGGCAAGCUGCUCGACCCGAGCGACGAAGGCGAAUCAGGUGGUCUCGUGCUCGGCGGUCUGCUCCUCUCGCUCCUCCGUAAGGGCGGCGAUCUCCUCGGACCCCAUCUCCCAGAACUCGUCCAGGCGAUGGUCGCGAGGCUAGCCAGUGCACAAACGACCAGUCUCUCGCAGAGUCUCAUCCUCCCCAUCGCACAUUUGAUAACUGAAUCUUGUGCGACCGUCAUUCAGCUGCUCGAAAGCACGUGCGUCUCGACGAGCGAAGGUGAGAGGAGCGGCUUGGAAGUCUUCCUAACGCGAUGGGCCGAAGAAUCAAAUACAAUCCAGGGCGCCUGGGCCGAGAAAGCAAACAUCGUCGCUUUAAGUGAAUUGGUCAAAUCAGGUCAUCCCAUCCUGCAGCAACUUACUGUUCGAGGCGACAUCAUACCUGAUGACUCGGGCCGAAUUGUUACCCGCUCUAGGGCGAAGCAGCGCCCUGACAAAUACACGCAGGUGGUAAUUGGAAGCAAGAUCAUCAAGCUGCUGCUCGAAGCGUGGAGCCAUGCUGGCAACGACGCCUAUGGCGCUGGUGCCGCAAAUGCUGCCGAUGCAGAUGACGACGAUGAGUGGGAUGACGAGGACGUUCGGGAGAAGGGUGGCGGCAUCGAGCUUUCCGACAUGCUCGGCUUUAACUUGGAAGACUUUGACGACACGGACGACUUCGUCACCGGUCUCACUCCCGAAGAAUUGAAGGCCGAUCCGAUCAACAACAUCGAUUUGAAAUCAUUCAUCCCCGAUUUCCUCAGAAGCCAAGCAUCGUCGCAGCAAGCGUCGAUUUUCGCGAGUGGACUUGACGAGGCUUCGAGAGAACUACUCCAAAAGGCACUGAGCCGCGGGUGAGGCAGGUACUUGCAGCCAUGCAUACGUAUAUACCCCUCCUAGUACAUGCCAUAAUGCUCAUAGAAUGCAGCUCAAACAAUCAUUGAAUGGAAUGU